AUUUUUAAAAUAAUAAUUAUUAUUAUUAUUUACUACUAUUUUUUUAUCAAAUUUCGACAUCUUAAUUCCAUCGAAAGAUAUGCUUUCAUGUUUGGAUCUUGAAUUUUCUCUAUAAUUUGUUUUUGUACAUCCAGAUUAUUAACUUCAAUAGAGUUACUCAGUUUCUCUGCGUAUUGAAUCCAAACGCAAUUAUUACAACCAGACAUGCAGCAGUUGGUAGGCUCUGUAAUAUCUUCUAUAGAGAGAGAAUCAUCAGCUUUUUGUUGAUCUUCGAUUUGUUCAUUAGACAUUCCUGUAUUUUGGUUAUCGCUAGAACAUAAUCUCAAGGUCAUGAAUAUGCCCUUCCAAUUAUCGUAGAUUUGUCUUUUGACGUUAUUUACUUUUGAACGAACCAGAUUCAUUGUUAUUUAGGUUAGAUAGAUGGUCAUUUGAAUGUAUAUUUAGAACGACAUUGAUGUUAUUUUAUUUAUCUGAUUGUUAAACGUACAUUUAACAAUCAAAUACUAGAUAUUUAGGGUAUACUUAGAAAAGUGGCUGAAGCGAAUGUUUUUAGGAAGAAAAGUUCUUUCGUAAGAUCACAAACUCGUCUUUUUUUGUUUUCUUGCCUUUUUUUUUUAUUUGUUUUUUUAACGUCAUAAACGAUAAAUAGACAAAUAGAUAUCUAUUACGUGAGAUAAAUAAGUAAUCUUGAAGAGACAUCUGGCGAGUUAUAUACUGAAAUACGUUUUCAAAACUAGUAUUUUACGAUAUAAAUUUGUAAUAAUAUUAUCUCGAUGUUAUUGAUAACAUUUUAUAAAUUUGUAUUUAUAUUCUAUUGAAAAAUUCUAAUGGAUAAUGAAUAAUUUCUUAAGCUUUCAUUUUAGUUUGUAUGUAGUAGCGUGUAAAUAAAUUGUAAUAUCUUCCACGUGGGUUUACGUCGGUUCAAUGUCAUUUUGAAAAUAAUAAAUAUUGUUUGUGACAAUGGGUCGCAAAAUUCCGGGGAAGAAACAUCGUGGCGUCAAGGAUCCUGAAAAACAGCGUGCUAAACGAUUAGCUGAGUUAGAAACAAAAAUAAACGCUCCGCCGAAAGAUGUCAAAGAGCAAGCAGUAUCAAAAAGUUUGGAAAAUUUUAUUAGACUUAAGGAAGCAGUUAAGUCUGGUAAAAUAAGUAAUGUGAAGAAAGUAAGGAAAAGGAAGAAAAAUGGAUUAAUAUGCGUUGGCGGUGAAAAACCAAAGUCGUUACAUCCUAAAUCAAAACCAGAAAAGGCAGUUCCAAUAUUUCAACAAAAACCCGACGAAAGUAACAAUCGAUUUUUUUAUCGUGUCAGUCAGGAGACUCAUGCUUUUCUUAAUGAAACUGCCUUUGAAAAGAAAUACGAUGUCGUUGUAAAUAGAAAUUCUAAUACCGGAGAGGUCGAAGGUAUAUCUAAACGUCCUAAAGAUGAGUUGGAUGAAUUAGAGAGAUUGAGGGCAAAACAUAAAAAUAUUAGAAAAAAGAAAAAGAAUAAAGAAGGCGAAGGUGAUAUGAACCUUAGUAAAUCUCAAAAAAGAAGGCAGAAGUUGUUAAUCAAGAAGAAAAAAAAGGAGGAGGAUUUAAUUGAUAAUUUUCAAAUAUUUCAAGAUGAUGUGAAAUUUGGAGAAACAGUGCAUGCACCGCCUAGAUUAGUUACCAGACCUAAAAAAGCUAAUCUCACGGAUACUAUCAAGCCAGGAAAGAAAAAUUUGCUUCUACAUUCGUUAUUCGCAAAGAAUGGUUCAUCCAAUAGCAAUACUACAAAAUCGGUUGUCAUUGAUAGAUCUGGUAAACGUAAAAAUCUACCAGCUAGUGAAAGAAGACAACUGGAAAAAGAACAGAGCAGUGUUAUUGCAGCAUACAGACAGUUGAAAGCUAGGCAAUCUGCUGAUGUUGAUAUUUAGGAUUCAAAGCUGAGAGACGGGACAAGCUCAGAUCCGCUACCGGUGAUAAGGAGACCGACAAAAAAUUUGCACGCGUGCACACACAGAGGUGAUGUCGAAGAUGAUACUCUAUUAACAAACAAGCGUGGAUAUUAACCGAUUGUCGAAGCGAAGCGUAUUAACGUUUUAUUAACGCCAUGUAAACACUUCUUCGCUACUCUUACGGCCUACGCAGAAAAGGAAAUACUAUGACGAUGGAGGAGGAACAACGGCGGCCAUCUUUGCGUGACAAACGAAAAAUUAUUAACGGUUCGGAGGUGCUGGAUUCAAAAGGUUAGCAGCGCUCUCGUCGUAGUUUCGUAUUAUCGUGUCUGUGAUAAAUAGCUAGAACCUACUAUACAUUCCAAAGUCUGUGAGAUAUAGUUCGUUGUUAGUAAAGAAACUAGUGCUUUGUAGUUAUUUAAAAGAUAUUUUAAAACCGAGAGAAUAAAAAGAGAAUAAAAGGAAAAAAAAGAAAAAAAAAAGAAGAAAAAAAAAGGAAAGAAAAAAGAAG